UCAUUUAAGAAAAAAUCAAAUGUGUUAUCGCUCAAAAACCAACGAGAUUAUGACGUUGUGCGAAAAUGUGGCAUUUAAAAAAAUAAAAUCGACCUAUUCGAGGGCGUUUGUAAAAAAUUAUUAAUAAUGCGGGUCUGAAUUUUGUGCGUCACUUUUGAUUCAGUCCGUGUAUUAACAAUAAAUGGGUGUGGCUGUGAUUUAUCGUUGACCAAAAAUUAGAAAACAAGUAGCAAAAGUGUCGCAACAAGAGUGUGUUUGUUUUCGACGAGAAGAAGACUUUCCACGACAAAAAAAUGGCGCCUUCGGACCUUUUCAUAAACCUUGGCCUUUCCCAAAAAAGAAAAUUAACCGACUUAUCCUACCUUUUGAUGUUUGCAACACUUCUGGUUAUUUUGACGAUCUUUGCAAUCAUAUACACUGCAUGUUCUUCGGAUUUGAACGACGGAGUUGCGAAUGAAUAUGUCUUGGAAGAGUUAAACGACAACUUUGGAUUUCUGGCAAUAGUUUGCUGCAUAGGACUUGGUCUUUCUGUUAUCGCAUUAUUUUGCUUUCGUUAUUUUGUGAACAUAUUUAUUUGGACUAUGUUGAUAGUUACUGUCUUAUUGACGUGUGCGCUCGCAGGAUUUGUUUGGUAUAUUUCGGCUCAGCCGGUUUCACACAACCAAAUCAGUUUUAAGAUAGCCGCUAUCAUUUUAACAGCUUUUUCGCUUAUCACUGCAACAUGUAUUCUAGUGUGGAAUGAACAAAUUAAACUUCUAAUCAAAUUUUACGAGGAAGCUAUCAAAAUAGUGUUCGCGAUGCCUCAAAUUUUUCUGGUAUCGCUCUUGACAUCCAUCUCCGUUUUGGUAAUUGCUGUGUUAUGCCGUUACAUGAUUGUUCUACUGGACAACUCUGGAGGACCAUUAAGUGGUUUUUUUUUAAAUACAAAAACAUACGACGGAGUCAAUGUCGGUAUGAUUAUGGAGGUAUUUGUCGUGCUAGUGUUCUUAUGGAUGGUCGAUUUUGUAUUAGUGUGCCAACAAAUGGUUAUUUCAGGUGCUGUGGCUACUUAUUAUUUUACACGCGAUAAAACAGCUUUGGUUUCUCCGAUCUACACCAGCUUUUACAAUUUAAUGCGGUACCAUCUUGGUUCCGCUGUAUAUGGUUCUAUAAUAUUUCUAGUAACGGCCCAAAAUAAUUAUUUUGUACAUGUUUGCUGUUGUAGUCGACUGAAAAAUUCAUUGCAAUAUCCGACCCCCAAGGGUUUAAUCGUCACAGCUAUUUGUGGAACACCCUUAUGCCAAUCGAGUGUUCGUGGUGCGACUUUAGUCGAUAGCAAUUUUCUGAGUGCUGUGGCGAAGAGUUCGGCGGGAACUUUCGUGUUUUCCACGAUGCAAUUGCUUGUGUUUAAUAUUACUGCGAUUAUUGGUUUUUUUAUGAUACAUUCAGUCCAAUCAGUCUUAAUUGGAGCUGUAUUUGCAUUGGUGUGCGCUCACUGUAUCUUUGUUGUUUUCCAAAUUGCUGUUGAUACUUUAUUUAUCUGUUACUGUGAGGAUUACUGCCUUAACAAUGGUAUAAAUGAACCAUUUUAUGCAACUGCGGAGCUUCGGCAAAAGGUGAAGGAAGUGCAGGACUUCACAAAAAGUAUUGAGGGAAAGGGAUGUGUUUGUUAAAUUUAUGAAAUGAAUUGCACAGUUGUGUUUUUUUACAAAAAUUACAUCACUUUAUCUUACUUAAACUAUUGUACUUUUACAAACUGUAAAAGUCGUGGAUUGUUUAACCAUGUGUUUAUAUUUGUCAAUUGUCAAUUAAACCUUGCAUUACUAAACUUCUUCAACAAUGACUAUUUAAAAAUCAUGAAAAGUUUGCGUUCAAAAGAUUGUUUUUAUGUUAAAACGCUGAAGGUGGUUGAUGUAUGAGACGUUUUUAAUUGGAUUGAAGAAUGAGCUAAAAUAAUAAAAUAUCAGUGAAACGAAUGCUGAUCAGGGUUAUUAAAAUUAAUUUUUUUCAUGUUAGGUAAAGCCAUUUAGUUUUAGUUUUAUGAAUAAGUAGUCAGUUAUUUGCACUUUUUCCAGUUGUAAUAUUUUAUAAAGUAUCAAAUGUAUUUCAGAAAGUAAUUUUUAGAUACAAACAUUCUUUUUUUCUUAAUUACUACUACUUAAUUACUAACCGAUGAUUGUUUUGUUUUUAACGAAAUUUUUCAAAAAUUUUAGUGGAAGCGAAAAAAAGGUAACAAUAACAUUACUUUUGGUCGAAAUUAGUUGUUCAAAAAAAUUCUUGUACAUUAAUCUCUGGCUAAAAGCUGGUUGAAAUGAUCUAAUUUUAG